CCUCCACAGCCUGGAGGACUCAUCAGUCCCGAACUCCAACUCCCGAGAGGCUUUGCUUCUCCUUCUCCUCCUGCUGCAGUCUUUGCUCUCAUAGAAAAGGGGGCUCCCCUGUGCCUAUUGUAUUGGGCUUCUCUCCCUCUCCAGUUGAUUAUUAUUGUUCUCUCCCAUUGCAAGGAAGCAUGGCCGAGGAGCAGGAGAUCAUGUGCAAGCUGGAAAGCAUCAAGGAGAUCCGGAACAAGACUCUGCAGAUGGAGAAGAUCAAAGCCCGCUUGAAGGCGGAGUUCGAGUCGCUGGAGUCGGAGGAGAGGCAUCUGAAGGAAUACAAGCAGGAGAUGGACCUCCUUCUGCAGGAGAAGAUGGCGCAUGUGGAGGAACUGCGCCUCAUCCACGCCGACAUCAAUGUGAUGGAAAACACGAUCAAGCAGUCCGAAAACGACCUCAACAAGCUCCUAGAGUCGACCCGGCGCCUGCAUGAGGAAUACAAGCCUCUCAAGGAGCAUGUGGAUGCCUUGAGGAUGACGCUGGGUUUGCAGCGGUUGCCAGACCUGUGCGAGGAGGAAGAGAAGCUCUCCUUAGAUUACUUUGAAAAGCAGAAAGCCGAGUGGCAGACGGAGCCGCAGGAGCCUCAGAUCCCAGAAUCUUUGGCGGCAGCGGCAGCAGCUGCCCAGCAAUUGCAAGUGGCCAGAAAACAGGACACGCGACAGACAGCCACCUUCCGGCAACAGCCACCACCCAUGAAGGCUUGCUUGUCGUGCCACCAGCAGAUCCACCGGAACGCGCCCAUCUGCCCGCUCUGCAAAGCCAAGAGCCGCUCUCGGAACCCCAAGAAGCCCAAAAGGAAGCAAGACGAGUGAAAGGCCGCGCAGCCAAUCACAACGUGUUGUGCGACCAGACCCCGCCCCUGGCCCCGCCCCUUUCCGGUAGAACUGUCCUUGUGGCCUGAAUUGACCCCAAUGCAAAAGAAGAGUGUGGCUUGAGUUGAGUAAUUACCUUUUUCAAAAUGUGAUGUAAGCACAACUAUUCCGUUGAGGCUUAAUUUUCUUUAUGCCUAGCAUUUUAUUUUUCUUUAAUAGGAAAAUCUUAAAGAGUCGAUGGUGCUACGUAGGUAACUGAUUUUUUUCAUCCCGCCUUUUGGACUUUGCAAAAAAAAAUUAAAAGUCAGGUGGGAGGACAUUUUCUAUGUAGGAAAUAGAAAUCUGUGACAUGCAUUUCACCUUUUUUAUUAGUCGAUAGACUGAGCUUUUUCUACUCACCAAAAGACCAUUGUUUUCCAUUCAUUCCUGACUGUAUUUUUCUACUUUUCCACUCCUCUCCAAAGCUUGGAAAUCGUUUCGUGGGAUCAAUCUGUAUUUAUGGUGCUUGCUUAAUCAUUUUUAAAAUGAAAUUUGUGCUUAAUCCAUAUUUUGCAUAAUCUGUGUACUGUGAAUAUUUCUCUCUGUUGUAUAAACACUGCAGCUUUGCUCCUCUAAUUUUUACCCAUCCUUUUGCACAACUAUGUCAUUCCCUCCUGUUUUGCAUCAUGAUCUUGCCGGUUGAUGAAGAAUUGCAAAUCUUAACUGGAAAUACUGGGAAUUUGGAGUUCAAAAUGGGAUGUGGAAACAGCUCCCUUCUCGUAAGAUAUGGGGGACGAUGCCUGGCUCGACGUGAGAAAAAGAUCUUGGAGUCCUUGUGGACAGCAAGUUAAACAUGAGCUAACAAUGUCAUGCGACGGCUAAAAAAGCCAAUGGGAUUCUGGCUGCAUAAAUAGGAGUCUAGUGCCUAGAAUCAUUAAAGUCAUGUUCCCCUCUAUUCUGCCUUGGUCAGACUACACUGUGUCCAAUUCUGGGCACCACAAUUGAAGAGAGAUAUUGACAAGCUGGAAUGUGUAACUAAAAUGAUCAAGGGUCUGGACAACAAACCCUAUGAGGAGCGGCUUAAAGAGCUGGGCAUGUUUAGUCUUCAGAAGAGAAGGCUGAGAGGAGACAUGAUGAGGGCCAACUAUCAAGAUGUGAGGGAAAGUCAUAAAGAAGAGAGAGCAAGCUUGUUUUCUGCUUCCCUGGAGACUAAGACGCAAUGGAACAAUGGCUUCAAACUACAAGAAAGGAGAUUCCACCUGAACAUUAGGAAGAGCUUCCUCACUGAGAGAGCUGUUCAGCAGUGGAACUCUUUGCCCCGGAGUGUGGUGGAGGUUCCUUCUUUGGAGGCUUUUAAACAGGCUGGAUGGCCAUCUGUCAGGGGUGCUUUGAAUGCGAUUUUCCUGCUUCUUGGCAGCUAGUUGGACUGAAUGGCCCACGAGGUCUCUUCCAACUUUAUGAUUCUAUGAUAUUUCUUCCUCCUUCAAAAAUGUAACAAAACCGAAUAGAAAAGUAGCAUGAAGUGAAGCAACUUUUGCAAAAUGUUAUUUUCUUCAUUAUUGUUAGCAAGAGCUACAAGAUACUUUUUAAAAGUUUGCUUUUGUAACAUAUCGGUAGUUUUGUAUUGUGUGUUAACCAUAACAUCAACUUCCAAAGGAUUAAUAAAUAACUUCAGUCCGUU